CCUAAUCCCCAACCUAACCCGCGCAACCGAGCUACCUUUCUGCCCCCUGCUUUCUUGUUUCUUCCGCACACACAACACACAGAGAAGCCAAGCACCAUGGGUCGCGUCCGCACGAAGACAGUGAAGAAGUCUUCCCGCCAGGUGAUUGAGCGUUACUAUCCGCGCAUGACUAUGGAUUUCCACACCAACAAGAAGCUGUUAGAGGAGGUCGCAAUCAUCCCUUCAAAACGUCUCCGCAACAAGAUCGCCGGGUUCUCGACUCACCUCAUGAAGCGGAUCCAGAAGGGUCCGGUUCGCGGUAUCUCUCUCAAGCUCCAGGAAGAGGAGCGCGAGCGCCGCAUGGAUUUCGUCCCUGAUGUUAGCGCUAUCAAGACUGAACAGAUCGAGGUGGAUAAGGAGACCAUUGACAUGCUUGCCGCUCUGGGAAUGAGUGAUAUCCCCGGAAUUGUUCAGGUCGAGCCUGCUGCAGCACCUGCUGCGCCGAUGGGCUUCGGUAGGGGCGCCGGUGGGCCCGGAAGGAGGUUUUAAAGAUUUCAUGUUUCGUUUAAAUUUGCAAGCUUUGUUUUGUAGCGUUUUCUACUCUAAAGGUGUGUUGGUUUCUGGACAAUUUUGAGGUUAUGUUGAAUGCCCUGAACUCUGUUUAUUAAGACUAUGAGCUUCAAAAUAUUGUUGGAGAAUUUUGCAGUUAUUCUCAUGGAUUUCAAAGUAUUGUUGUUUAUUCUGCAGUUAUUCAGCUUCAAAAUCAGAGAGUAUUGUGAUUG